AUGUCCUUUCUCAAACGACCUUCAACCGCAAGACAUUCAGACAGCGAUGAGGAAGAAGAUGACAAUAUCGAUCCAGAAUUGCGGUUAAGGACAGUCAGAACUGCUGCUUCAGCUCUAGAAGAGUCGAUACGUACAGAGGAAAAGGCGCAAAGGAGGAAAACUAGACGAAGAAGACGGUUGUUCGGUAGUAGGUCAGAGAAGAAGCGGUCGCAUGAGCCUCCAACUGGCGUGGAUAGUGGUGCUCCUUCGACAGAAAUUCCUGGAGUCCGGAGGAAUGUUUAUGUAAACCAUCCUCUGGGUCAUUCCGAACUUGACCAGGAUGGAGAACCUAUCGCCAGGUAUGAGCGUAAUAAAGUCAGGACCACAAAAUACACAAUCAUCACAUUCCUCCCCAAGAAUCUUUUCGAACAGUUUCGUCGUGUCGCCAAUCUUUUCUUCCUUGUACUCGACGUUGCACAAUUAUUUCCUGUAUUCGGUGCCGCAGCAGGCGCUAUAUCCGUCCUUCCUCUCGUUUUCAUUCUCGUGGUGACUGCGUUGAAAGAUGCCAUCGAAGAUUACAGCAGAGCCCGCCUCGAUGAUCAAGUAAACAAUUCCGCUGUCACCCGUAUUGGUGGCUCAUGGCGUAACGUGAAUCUCGCGAAAGAUCCUCGUUCGUGGUUCGACAAACUCAGGGGUGUGCCUCCUCCAGGGCAAGUCACCAAGGGUGUGCGGAAACUGCGGGAACGGGAAGCAUCUGAGGCUGGCGCCGUGAUGCGAACAGCGUUGAUUCGGUCGAAUACUUCUCAAACCGCGUUCACUGACUACCCUAGUAGUUUCGAUAUUCCCAAUCAAGGUGCUGGAGGGAGGAAACUCGAAGAUAUCCAGAGUGUUGACUCGCAUAGCUAUCCGCCCGCAGGAGAACCCAUGUCAAACCGAUCAUUUUCCGAAUCCUCAACUCGGAUUGGGCUAGGUUCUAUGUCGAAUUAUGCUCAGAGCCACUACUCGCGUUCGAGUAUCGGUGUCGUGGACUACCGAAAGCAUGUCGCAGGCGCAGCUACCUGGGAACGGACUCUCUGGAAAAAGCUCGAAGUUGGUGACAUUGUACUUCUCAGAGACAAUGAACAGGUUCCCGCAGACGUCGUCGUUCUAGCGACUUCAGAUCCAGAUGGCAUGUGUUAUCUGGAAACCAAGAACUUGGACGGCGAAACCAAUCUCAAACCUAGACGUUCUGUCAAAGCUACCAUGGGGAUCACUUCCGAGGAGGACAUCGAGCGGUCAUCAUUUUAUCUUGAUUCGGAACCUCCACAUCAGAAUUUGUAUUUGUACCACGGUGUUCUUCGGUACAAGGAUACCAUAACGGGUGAACGCAAGCAGGAGCCGGUGACGAUCAAUGAACUGCUGCUUCGGGGGUGUACGAUACGGAAUACGGCUUGGACAGUGGCACUAGUUGUUUUCACAGGCGCAGAUACCAAGAUCAUGCUGAAUGGAGGCGAGACACCGUCGAAGCGGAGUAAGAUUGAAAGGGAGACGAAUUUCAAUGUUAUGGUCACCUUUGUUCUGCUUCUUGCUAUGUGUAUCUUUGCGGCAAUCUUGAAUGGGUUGCAGGAUGCCAAGACGGGUACUAGCGCCGAGUUCUUCGAGAUCGAUGUGGAUGCGACGGAUUCGCAUAUCCUGAACGCCCUCGUCACUUUUGUCUCAUGCCUUAUUGCCUUCCAAAACUUAGUACCCAUUUCCCUCUAUAUAUCCAUCGAAAUUGUCAAAACUAUCCAAGCCUAUUUCAUUUCCCAAGACGUCGACAUGUACUACAAACCCUAUGACACUCCCUGCGUCCCCAAAACCUGGAACAUCUCAGACGACCUUGGCCAAAUCGAAUACAUAUUUUCCGACAAGACGGGUACCCUCACUCAAAACAUUAUGGAAUUCCAGAAAUGCUCUAUCAAUGGUGUAAUCUACGGUGAAGGCGUUACAGAAGCCCAACGCGGAGCAGCCACUCGCGAUGGGAAUACUGCGGAUAUGCUCAAUCCAGAAGAACUGAACGAGAAACUGGCGAGUUUGAAGCAGCAGAUGAUCAGCGUCAUGGAGAGGUCGUUCAAGAAUCGGUAUCUGCAACCUGAGAAGUUGACUUUGGUCGCACCAAAAUUGGCACAGGAUUUAACGGAUAGACAGGGCUCCUCGCCUCAGAGAGCACAUAUCAUUGCGUUCUUCAGAGCGUUGGCCGUUUGUCAUACGGUCUUAUCUGAUAAACCAGACCCGGAGAGGGAUCCGUUCCAUUUGGAGUAUAAAGCCGAGUCACCAGAUGAAGCUGCUCUUGUCGCUGCAGCGAGGGACGUUGGAUUUCCGUUCAUCAACAAAGGGAAGGAUGGGAUAGAUAUUGAGGUUAUGGGUCAGAAAGAGAGGUAUGAGGUGUUAAAGGUUCUGGAAUUUAACAGUACCCGAAAACGAAUGAGCGUUGUUGUGCGGAACCCCGAGGGUAAACUCGUCCUAUACACCAAGGGAGCCGACAGCGUCAUCUACGCCCGACUUGCAUCAGACCACAAUGCGAUGGUGAAAGACCAGACGAGCAAGGAUAUGGAGGUAUUCGCGAAUGGUGGGCUGAGGACUUUGUGUAUAGCGUAUAGGGAGCUGGAGGAAGACGAGUAUCUGGGGUGGGCGAGGAGGUAUGAUGCUGCGGUGAAUGCGGUUGAGGGGAGGGAUGAGGAGAUUGAUAAGGCGAAUGAGGAGAUUGAGCGUGGGUUAAGGAUCUUGGGAGCUACCGCAUUGGAAGAUAAGUUGCAAGAGGGUGUUCCGGAGGCGAUCGAGACGUUGCAUAGGGCGGGGAUUAAGUUGUGGAUAUUGACUGGUGACAAACUUCAAACCGCAAUCGAAAUAGGCUACAGCUGUAAUCUCCUCAAACAGCAAAUGGAUGUCAUGAUUAUCUCGGCAGACUCUCCACAAGAUGCGCGCGCGCAAAUCGAAGCUGGGUUGAACAAGAUCGCGUCGGUGCUUGGCCCCCCAUCGUGGGAUAUCAGGAAACGCGGAUUCGUACCGGGGGCACGAGCGAGUUUCGCGGUGGUUAUAGACGGGGAUACGUUGAGGUAUGCGUUGGCGCCGGAGUUGAAGGAGCUCUUUUUGAAUUUAGGGACGCAGUGUGAGACUGUGGUGUGUUGUAGGGUGUCCCCUGCACAGAAGGCGCUGACGGUCAAGUUGGUCAAAGAAGGACGCAAAGCCAUGACCCUCUCCAUCGGCGACGGAGCCAACGAUGUGGCAAUGAUCCAAGAAGCCAAUAUUGGAUGUGGGCUCUUCGGGUUGGAGGGUUCACAAGCUGCGAUGUCGGCUGAUUAUGCCUUUGGUCAAUUCCGGUUUCUCACGAAACUGUUGUUGGUGCAUGGGAGGUGGUCGUACCAGCGUGUGGCGGACAUGCACGCGAAUUUCUUCUAUAAAAAUGUGAUUUGGACGUUUGCGAUGUUUUGGUUUUUGCCAUUCAAUAAUUUCGAUGCGACGUAUUUGUAUCAAUAUACUUUUAUUUUAUUGUACAAUCUUGUAUUUACUUCUUUGCCCGUUAUCGUUAUGGGAGCCUUCGACCAAGACCUUAAUGCGAAAGCCGCACUCGCCUUCCCCCAACUGUACGUUCGAGGAAUCCGUGGCCUAGAAUACACUCGGACGAAAUUCUGGUUGUACAUGGGCGAUGGAUUGUAUCAGUCUAUAGUGGUAUUCUUCAUCCCGUACCUGGUUUGGACUCUUGGGAUAGCGGUAUCUUGGAAUGGCAAAACUAUUGAAUCGCUUUCGGAUUUUGGGACGACGGCUUCGGUGGCUGCGAUCCUUGCGGCGAAUUCGUACGUUGGGAUCAAUACCAACUACUGGACGGUCAUUACUUGGAUCGUCAUCUUCGGGUCGACUAUCUCCAUGAUGUUGUGGAUCACUGUGUAUUCAUUCUUCUUCAGCUCGGACUUUAUCAACGAGGUCAUUAUUCUAUUUGGAGAACUAACGUUCUGGACUACAGUGAUAUUUUCUGCUGCUGUAGCACUAGCUCCUCGAUUCAUCAUUAAAUUCAUCAAUUCAGCAUAUUUCCCCCUCGACAAAGAUAUCAUUAGAGAAUCCUGGGUCCGAGGUGACCUCAAGGAUCAACUGGGAAUCGGUCAUCGGAAGGGGAAUCGACAAAAGGAUAUUAGUGUCAGCGCGCUUGAAGCUGCACCUAUGUUCCAUGAUGCCCACAAUCGCUCUGCAUCAGAAAUUUCUCAGAACCCGUACGAGCCUACCUUGACAUCAAGUCCUGGCACCGGAGGAGUUCCUCUCAGACACACGUACCUCGAUACGCCUCCGUUAACAGAUAUCAUUGAGGAAACAACGAUGGCGUCUCCAGUACAAUAUGCAUACGCUACAUCCGACGAUUUGAUGCCUCCUUCGACAAUUUUACCAGAUGGACCAUCGAGAGCGUCGUAUUAUUCGGCAUCAGAUCUUCCACCUCCCUCACCCCUCCCAUCACCCAAGUACAAGUACUCUGACGGCACGAUCACGAGUACCCCUCCAAGUCGUAGAUCAAGUGUCGCGACGAUGAGGACAGUACCACCACAGACACCACCAGCGAAUGUCCCGUUACCUCCACCUCCCCUACAGCAACGAUCACCGAAUACUACCCUGAUGCUUCCUGGGGCUAUGGGCGAUCUGACUAGACGGCUAAGUGGUGGUGGGGGUGGUGGAUCAUAUCAACCUCCACUGAGUCCUCAAUCGUAUGAGAUGCGAAUUCGUAGUCCGCCUCUAGGGAGUCCUGGUACUAGUGAAUUUAGCCAUGCCCAACGAUCUGCAAGUGCAGCGUCGUAUGCUACGGCGAACGAUGAUUACUUUACGGCGGAAGGAGAGGCUGUCGUUUCUAUGCCUCAUCAUCAUCCACAACAUCAGAUGUUCAAUUCUUAUGGUCCGGGGCAGGGACAGACGCUCUCUCCCUACUAUAAUCAGCAAUAUCCUGUCCAAACACCUGGAGUGGAGGAAGACUUUGAUGCUCAGACUGUUAGACAGUCGCAGUACUCGCAGUAUUCUCAAUAUGACGAUCGACGGGCUAGUGCGAUUUCCGGUGUGUCGGAAUUUUCUUGGCAGGGAGGGAGAGCGAUGUAG